AACCCUCGAAUCUCUCUAGAUAGGUGGGAAGAAAAGGAAUCACUUGUUCAUUCAAAAUCUCAAAAUCAGUGGGGGGAUCUGGGGUCAUUUCGAUUAGUCAUCUCAAUUCUCUCUCUCUCUCUGUUGAUGGAAGAUAACGAGAACAAGAAAAGCGAGGGCGAGGUCGAUGGCCUUGGUCUGAUUGAUGUCGCUGCUGAGGACGAUAGCCUCCUCUUCUCCUCCUUUCCUAAUCCCACCAGCUACGAGUUUUCCGAGGCAGAUGAGGAUGAGAAGUGUUUGAAAGAAGAAAAGGAUCGAGCUUUCUUGAGGGAGACAGAGCCCUGCGAUGAUGAUGAAGAGACACUGGUAUCUUCAGUAGAAGAGAAGGAAGAUAUGCUUCAACCUCGUGAGUCGCCUGAGCCUCAGAAGGUGAUCAAGAGUGGGAAGUAUAACUUGCGCAAGAGUCUUGCUUGGGACAAUGCCUUCUUCACUAGCGAAGGUGUUUUGGAACCUGAAGAGCUAUCCAGUAUGAUGGAAAGCAACCAUAAGAGUGAGAGGAAGGGUUUGCCGACUAUUCAAGAGGAUGUUAAUAGAUCUACGGAAUCCAUUUCUACAUUUCAGAGCGACUGCACUGUGGAAAACAGUCAGGAGUUUGUUCUGUUUGAAGAUGUUAGAGCGUCUAUUCAAAGGUCUGCUAAGGCGUCUGAUGCUCUUACACCUGGAAAUGAUAAAGAUCUGGUAUCAAUAGAAGUAGCAACCAGUCCAACUCCAAGUACAGUGGACGUCCUUGCCUCUCAGGAGAAGAUGAAACCCAAAGCCAGUCCUAAAAAGCUGAGUAUUAGAGCAAACGGACCAGGGAAGACAACAAAACAGCCUGUUUCCGCUACAAGAGGUCUCAGUACAUCCGUUUCCAAAGCACCUAACAGACUCGGCAAAGUCAGGCUUUUGUCAACUACAUCAACGAGCAGGGCUUCACUAGAUGUUAACAAAACUAAACUCGAAAAAGAUUCCAAAUUACCUGCGGGUAAAGAGCCAUUGGGUCCUAGAGUAUCCAUUUCACGAAGACCCACAUUGCCAAAACCUGCUGUACUUAAGUCAACUUUGCGUGCUUCAGCUGCCUCAAAGAAUGAAUUGACAUCUUCCUGCUCUUCGCUAGAGAGCUGUGCCAGUGCUGCUUCAUCCAGCGCUUCUCACAAAUCUUCUCUAAAUCAGAUAAAGAAGAAGAAUGAGUCAAGUUCCAGAAUAAUAGCUUCCCAGUCAUUGGCGAAUAAAUCUACAUCUAGAGGUAGUAUGGGCCAGCCGAGAAUCCCACCCCAACCAACCAAGAAGACAACCAAGUGCAACCUUUCAUCUGCUGGUUCUAUCAGUGACUGUUCAUCAGAGUCAUCACGUGCUUCUGCAAGUAGCCAAACGGCUAAAACUAUCCAGAAAACCGUCUCUGGUGAAAAGGCUCCUGCGAAUGAUACUGUGAGGUCUCUCAAAAUCUCUAAAGAUGCAUCUGUUGUUCAAGCUGAUGCUAAGGAAGGCACCAAGCGAGUUUCAGCUAUCAAUGGUGGUUUGGUUCCUCCAGGUUCCGGGAAACAAUCAGGUCUCCGUGUGCCCUCACCAAAAAUCGGCUUCUUUGAUGGAGGUAGACAGGGAUCAUCUUCAUCUGCAGGUAAGAAGGUUGGAAAGUCACCGAUACAAGAGUCGUCGAAUAUAAGAACUAAGGCAGCAAGUUCAAGGCUUGUCUCUGCCCCGUCCCCAAAACUGCAAAACAAAUUGUAUUCCAAAAUCAAUGCAGAGGAUCAACUUGAGGGGUGACGGAAUCAAGAAGAUGAUAAUGCCUUAAGGAAUCCAAUAGUUAUUGGAGUUGUGUUCUCUUCUUUUCUUUUAAUAGAACUUACCCCCCUCCUCCCUGCAUGUUAGAUUCUUAUGUAAUGUAACCCAUCCCUUAAGUAAAAAAAAAACAGUAAUAUUUAUCAA